AUGCGCGUGGAGAAGGAAGCAGUGCGCUUCACCAUCAUACCAGAUCAAGGCACCCAAGUAUGGGCCCAGAUCCCAGUUGACACUAUAUUCGACGAAGACUCAUAUAACCUCGAAUCCAACUCCGACGCCAUCAACAUCGAAAUCAACAUCAGCGUCUUAAACCGUGCACUACGAUCUGCCGUCGGCGCAUCAUACGCUGCCCUCCGCCUCACGAAAAAGGGCAAAUUACCCCUCCUCGCAUUAACAAUCCUUUCAACCGAAUGGACGGAUGGCAAUAUGGCUCUCGCUACAGACCAGGCACAACAACAGCAACAACCGCCUGACCCUACGACCGCAAGCGAAGUAGUUGGGAACAGACGCGCACGCGAACGUGAAACAUGGGUUACGCAGGAGAUCCCAAUCAAGAUCCUACACGAGGAGACGGUAGAGGCUCUGCAUGAGCCGCAUUGUCCGGAUCCAGAUGUGCAUAUAAUUCUGCCCAGCCUUUUGCAGUUGAAGAGUAUAUCGGACCGGUUUACGAAGCUUGCUUCUACGGAUAAAAAUCAACAGUCUGGGCUGGUAGCUGGGGAUGCGACUGGAGCUGGAUCUGGACCUGGGUCUGGGCCUGGAGGCUCAGGUGCUGCUGCGCUUGGGUCUAGCAGUGCGCCGAAAUUAGAGCUUAGUGCUAAUAUGCAUGGGAAGUUGAAACUGGCUAUUGCGACGGAUGAGUUGAAAAUUGCGAGUGUCUGGUCUGGACUUGUUAAUCCGCCUUUGGACCCGGCUCAUAUUACCCAGGAACAGUAUUCGCAGUUGCCUAGUGAGCGGAUGCGAGGUGUGGGUGAUGAUGAUGAGUCUGGGUGGGCUAAGGUGCGGAUUGAUGGGAAGGAUUGGAGUCGGGUGUUGAGUGUUGGGAGGUUGAGUCCUAGAGUUGUGGCUUGCUUCAUUAAUGAGACGGCUCUCGUUCUUUAUGUCUACCUUCCCGGGAGCUGGAAUGGUCAAGAGUCCUGCUUGACUUAUUAUAUCAAUUCAUUUACGACAUGA